AUGGCUACCGGUACGAGUACACCGGCACUGAAAACAAGCACAGUGGGGGGCAGCGUUGGGGUCGUCAAGAAACACCGCCCGUCCUCGAUCUGCCGUCCUCGGUGCCGGUACCUACAGUGCGCGUUGUUUUCCAAAGAGAGUGUGCUGCCCGAUAAACAAGACGGCGCCCAUAUUGUUUCGAAGCGUUUCACGCUUGUCGUCGAGGAAUACGUCAUUAGCAUCCGACGACAUGGUCAAAAGGACCGUUCGUCCGCCAUUGAUAUCAAAACCUAUUGGAACCUUCAUCGAGGUUUCGAGACCCUGAUCAUGAAGGCAAUGCAAUCUCAGCAGCUAAGCAGCAGAGUGGAAGGAUUCGAUAUCAAGAACGAGCUUCACGAAGAAGACACGGAAGACGUCUUUUGCGAUGACUGCGACGAGCAGAUUGGUUGCAACUACGAUACAUGUAGCUUCCAUGAGCCUUCUCACCUACAACACGAAUACCGACGCAGUUUCACUCAGGACGAUGACAUCUCUCUUGACGACUUGGAGCAAAUCUACAAUUUUGACCCGCGGUAUCUUCCCUGA